CUAAUGUGUCAGAGAGAGUGAUAGAGAACAGGCACCGUGAGCAAUCACUGAGGCAGGAGUCUCACUGGUACUUGACCUGAUCAGACAAGAAGCUUCUAGAUUUAAUCAUCAUCUUUAUCACCAUCAUCAUCAUCAGUGUGGUCAGUCAUGUCGGUUCUUCCUGAGUGGCUGAAAAUGUUGCAGCAGGUCUGGAGGUGGAAGGGUUUCAUCAUCCUCGUCUGCAGCCCGUUCGUCCUGCUGCCGCUCGCAGUCAGCACCAAGGAGGCCGCCUGUGCUUAUGUCAUAGCCAUCAUGGCAGUGUACUGGUGCACCGAGGUGUUGCCGCUGGCGGUGACGGCACUGCUACCCACCAUCCUGUUCCCCGUGCUGGGCAUCAUGGAGUCUAAAGACGUGUGCAUGCAGUACCUGAAGGACACCAACAUGCUGUUUGUGGGGGGGCUGAUGGUGGCCGUGGCCGUGGAGCACUGGAACCUCCACAAACGCAUCGCACUCAGAGUGCUGCUGCUGGUGGGAGUCCGGCCCGCCCUGCUGAUGCUGGGCUUCAUGGGAGUGACGGCAUUCCUGUCCAUGUGGAUCAGUAACACAGCCACCACUGCCAUGAUGGUCCCCAUCGUCCAGGCGGUCCUGGACCAGCUCCAUGGCAACGUAGACCCUCCAGCCUCCUCCAAGAGCCAGAGCAGGACUGCAAGUCUACACCAGGAACCCUGGGAGCAAACCAUCAGCAUCCAGUCAGUCACUCCUCAAAAAGUUCUGGAGAAAGGUGCGAACAGAGCAACCCAACCACAAGAUGACUUGGAGAAAAUCAGCAGUCCAGAAGCAAACUUGUAUCCUGACCAGGAAGUGAUAUCCGAGGAUCCAGUGGACAAACAGGAAAUUGUAAAACCAACUUCACAAGACAAACCGGCAUCAGACCACAGCAGCAGAGGUGGUCCAGUGCUCAUCACCAUGGAAACCAUUGUUGGUCAAAUGGAGCCAGAGGAGCUAAGUGACGAGGAAGAGGAGAAGAAGAGGAUGAGUAAAGGCCUUCUGCUGUGUGUGUGCUAUGCUGCCAGCAUCGGAGGCAUCGCCACUCUGACGGGAACCGGACCAAACCUGGUGCUGAUUGGACAGAUGAGCCAGCUCUUUCCUCAGAACGGAGAUGUGAUCAACUUUGCAUCAUGGUUUGCAUUUGCCUUCCCUACGAUGGUCCUGAUGCUGACGCUGGCCUGGUUCUGGCUGCAGUUCCUCUACAUCGGCUGCAACCUGCGGAGGACGUGGGGUUGUGGGACGGUCCAGUCAGAGAAGGAAAAGGCAGCGUACAAAGUGAUCAAGAAGGAGCAUGGCCAUCUGGGACCCAUGAGUUACGGGGAAGUCAGCGUCCUGGCACUCUUCAUCCUUAUGGUGGCACUUUGGUUUACUCGAGAUCCUCGUUUCAUGGAUGGCUGGGCAACCAAAGUCUUCAACGCCAAGGCCGAGUUCGUCACCGACGCCACCGUCUCGCUGUUUGUUGCUGUUUUGUUGUUCGUUCUUCCAUCUGAGCCUCCGCGAUACCUCUGCUUCUGGAGGAACUCCGACACAGAGAGCCAGGUGUCGCGAGGCCCCGCCCCUCCUCUUCUCACCUGGCAGGUGACCCAGAAAAAAAUGCCCUGGAACAUCGUGCUGCUGCUAGGAGGAGGCUUCGCUCUGGCCAAAGGCAGUGAGGUAUCCGGUCUGUCCCGCUGGCUCGGCGAUCAGAUGACACCUCUUCACUCCAUCCCUCCGUGGGCCAUCGCCAUCGUACUCUGCCUCCUCAUUGCUACCUUCACUGAGUGUGCCAGCAAUGUUGCCACGGCAACCCUCUUCCUGCCAAUCCUGGCCUCCAUGUCCCAGUCUAUAAACCUGAACCCCCUGUACGUGAUGAUCCCCUGCACCCUCAGCGCCUCCUUCGCCUUCAUGUUGCCGGUGGCCACACCCCCCAAUGCCAUCGUCUUCUCCUAUGGGCUCCUCAAAGUGUCUGACAUGGCUAAGACCGGUGUGGUGAUGAACAUCAUCGGGAUCGGCUGCAUCAGCCUGGCUAUCAACAGCUGGGGGCACACCAUGUUUUCUCUGGACUCUUUCCCCUCAUGGGCCAAUGUCACCAAACUGGUGUAGAACCAACAGCCUGGAGGAUAUAAGUUUCUUACUACCAAUGUGGCGCCUGUUUCCCUGAGCUGUUUGUCCUUUGCUAAAGUCCAAGCGCGGGGUCAUGAAGACAAAGUUUAAUGUAUGUAUGACCACGUCUCUAGAACGGUUCAGUGCCACAGGUCAUGGGCAGAAAUCCUGAGAUGGGAACCUGUACCUGAGCUGGUUUAACAGGAAAUCCAGUUCAUGGAUAUUAAAAGUAUUAGGUCCUAGGCAUGAAUUUUACUUUAACCCUCCAAGCUAAUUGUUGGUCCUACUGUGUUUUGGGGGUUUUAUUUCUAUAACUGUAUGUAGAGCCUGAAGCCUUUUAAUCCCAGUAUAAACCAGUCUGUAGCACCUGGAGCUUUUAAUCCCAGUCAGCAUCAGACAUGAUGUUU